AUGCCGCCAUUUGUCCCUUCGUUGCCAUCCCCUCCAUCGAGUAAUCCAGAGGAGUUCAGCCGAGUAUGUUGCGAUGCCACCCCCUUCACAAAACCAACCUUUGGACAUCUGUUGCCAUCCCCUCUGUUGAGUAAUCCUGAGGAGUUCAGACGAGCUGAAGAUACGACGCAGGUUGCUCACUUCAUUAUACAGCAUUCAACAAUGCCACCAUGCAGACCAAGUACCCCCUACCCACAUUGCGCAAGUGAAAUGAAUGUUGGAGAAACUGAACCGGACAUAAAUAUAUCGCCAGAUGCGGAGGGGAUGAAUGAUCUAUCAGAUGAUGAUAAUAAAGUUGACCCUCCAACAGCUAGUAUGAAAUUUCCAUCUGAUAAAGAGGUUUUGCUGUAUUACAAACGAUAUGCUAAACAAGAGGGUUUUGGUGUUAUUAUCAAAUGUACAAAGAGAGAUCUAGAUCGGAAUGCCAAAUAUGUGACGAUUGGCUGUGCACGUGGGGGAAGAACGGGUAUUCGAAUGAAUAAAAAUUUUCAAGCACUUGUGACUGAAGCUGGGGGGUUUGAGAAUUCGGAGUUCCAGGAGAAAGAUUGUAGGAAUUAUAUCGACAAAGCUAAAUAUUUAAGAAUGGGUAAAGGGGGUGGUGAAGCACUGAAUGACUACUUUAAGAGAAUGAAAAAAAUGAAUGAUGGGUUUGUGUCCAUCAUGGAUGUGGAUGAUGAGUUUAGAGUGAGGAAUGUGUUUUGGGCUAACGCACGAAGUCGAGCAGCAUACGAGGUUUUUGGAGAUGUUAUCACUUUCGAUACAACGUACCUAACAAAUAGGUACGAAAUGCCGUUUGCUCUCUUCGUUGGUGUCAACCAUCAUGGACAGUCCAUACUCCUGGGGGCAGGGUUGAUUUCAAGCAAGGAUACAAGUACAUUUGUUUGGUUGUUUGAAGCAUGGCUAGAAUGCAUGAAUGGAUGCAAAUCCCAAGCCAUCAUAACAGACCAAGACCACGCAAUGAAGAAUGUCAUUGGCAUUGUAGUCCUGCAAACAAAGCAUAGAUACUGUCUCUGGCAUAUAAUGCUGAAAUUGCCAGAGAAAUUGAGAUCCCACUGUGAUUACGACGCAGGGUUGAAGGCUGCGAUUCAGAAUGUAGUCUAUGAUACACAGACUUGUGAUGAAUUUGAGCAAAAGUGGCAACAGCUAAUUCAUAAGUAUGGCCUAAUGGGAAAUGCAUGGUUGAAGGGGUUGUACACAGAGAGGUCUUUUUGGGUACCGGUUAAUUUGAAAGGUGUAUUUUAG